AUGCGCCUUACUACUGGUAUUGUCGUGCUGGCUACUGGUGCCAUCGCUAGAGCUCAACUAUCCAAUAUCCCCCAAUGCUCUCUUACUUGUUUCACUUCGACCCUUGGAGGAGACGGCUGCUCUGAGCUGACGGAUUUCGCGUGUCAUUGCCAAAAGCCUGGCCUCGCAGCAGAGAUUGUGCCCUGCGUCAACAAAGCCUGUGAUAUCGCGGACCGACAAGGUAUGAGAAGCCACAUUCCAUUUCGUAUGACCCGGUCUAAACUGGGCCCUAUAGCCGUAUCCAGCCUCGUUGAAUCCUUGUGUUCCGGUGUUGGCCAUCCGGUCUCUAUUCCCGCGAUGGACACAUCCGUUCCCACAACGACUUCCGCAGGAGUUAUCCCAACUACACCGACGAGUUCCAAUUCUACCACGGCCAGUGGUUUUGGGACAGGCUUCAAGACUUCGUCCACGAUCGGCGCAGCUUUGGCUCAGAGCACCUCCCAGUUCAACGGUGCCUCUAGUAUUGCGCCCGGAGCUGUUCAGAUGGUUGGCAGUGCUAUCCUGUUAGCCAGCAUGAUCUUCUUUGUUUGA